UAUAUAACAAAUAAUUUGAGCUGUAGAGGUAGGGAUGGGUAAACCGAAUAGUAAGCUGAAGCCGGAGGUAUUACAAGAUCUAUCAUCUAACACUGAGUUCACAGAAGCCGAGUUACAGGAGUGGUACAGGGGAUUCUUGAAGGAUUGCCCGACCGGUAAACUUAGUGUGGAGGAAUUUAAAAAGAUAUACGGUAAUUUCUUCCCUUACGGAGACGCAAGCAAGUUCGCGGAGCAUGUCUUCAGGACCUUCGAUGCCAACGGAGACAAUUCAAUAGAUUUUAGAGAGUUUAUAUGUGCACUGUCCGUGACGUCGAGAGGAAAGCUUGAGGAUAAACUGAGAUGGGCUUUCAGCAUGUACGAUCUUGACGGAAAUGGGUACAUCUCCAGAAAUGAAAUGUUAGAAAUAGUGUGUGCUAUCUAUAAAAUGGUGGGAACUGUGAUGAAGAUGCCUGAAGACGAAUCAACACCUGAGAAAAGGGUUGACAAGAUUUUCAAACAAAUGGACAGGAACCUUGACGGCAAAUUGUCGCUAGCCGAGUUCGUGGAGGGAGCCAAGAGCGACCCCAGUAUCGUAAGAUUACUACAGUGUGACUCUGUUGGUGGAUCUGCUGAGGCGUCAAACUAGCGAGAGGUAUCGUAAAGAGGUGCAUACCCUCAAAUAUAAAGUUAUUUGGUUGCCAUGGUCUUCGGAUGGCCGCUGCUAUGGAAUUACGGACAGUUUCAUCUCAAGUUUUUACUAUCUACAAACUAUACAUUAUAUAUUACGAAUAUGUAAUCUACAUAUAUAAUUCUUAGUGUAAUCUUUAGUGGUUGUCAGGAAAAUCUUAGAAUUUUCUGUGACAUGUAUAUCUCUAGUCUCUGAUGAAGAGCGCUUCUGCGAUUGUGGGUUUAUCUUCUCCUACUUUAGCUAAUCUUGAGCUUAAGAUGAAAUUUUUGUCGACCGUUUUUUUUUUCGAAAGCCUCAAAAUUUCAAGGCAUGUUUGAUUGUGGUGUGGAAUUUGCUAUAUAUGAGAUUAUUUAAUACUUUAAGUUAACGUAAUUAUUAUAGGAAUCCCAAAUAUUACUCGUUGAAUUUCGAUUCCGUCGUCCACUAAUGACUGUAAAACGUCUGAUAUAAGGGGAUGCGAUGAAUAUUAAUGGUUGAUGACAAAUUGUAAUAAUUGAUUGGCUCUAAGAGUGAGAUUUGUCAUGUUCGUGGAUGAUCAAAAUACCUCAAAAAAUGCGACAAAGUAACCCUUUAUUAAAUAGAUUUAUUUGAAUUUAACGUUUAUCAUUUAUAGUGUUAUUUUGGUAGCGUUAAUGUCUACUCUAUUUUGUAAUGAUGCUAAUAUCUGAUAUCAGUUACUCCCUAAUUAUUGACUCACUCAUAGCAUUUGUAAUUAUCACCAUGUACUGGCAUUACUCCAUUUUCAGAUCAUGCAUAUACUCAAGUAAAUAUAUUGCCGACUUGAAUUUUAAACUUAAAAUCACACUUUGAUUCUCUCUGUGACUCAUAAUAGAGCUCCUUAACAGUAACACCUUGGUUUUAACAUCCAGAAUUGUUCCCAUCUCUCCAUGACUCAUGCUAGAAAGUUCGUUUAAUUGUUGCUUUGUGAAUCUACUUAGUAAGACUUGUGUCAAUUGUAAAUAUUAAACAACUAUCAAGCGAACAGUUA